CAUUCACGGAGAUUUCAUAGCAUUAUUGCAUAACCAUGUCAGCACAAAUAGAAGUUCCUACAGUUGAGGAAAAGGUUUCCAACCUUAAAAUCGACGACAAUGUCGCUGUAGCAGAAACAGAGGUUCCUGCUGCUGCUGCUGCUUCUCCUGAAGCCGGAGAAACCACUGCCCCAAAAAAGAAGAAGAAGAAGAGUAAGAAGAAGAAGAUUGUCGGGAUUGAUACACACUACCCAGAUGGUGUUUUCCCUGAAGGUGAAUGGCAAGAAUACCCAUUGGAAGUGAACUCUUACCGUACAACUUCUGAAGAAAAGAGAUACUUGGACAGACAACAAAACAACCAUUGGCAAGAUUUCCGUAAAGGUGCUGAAAUCCAUAGAAGAGUUCGUCACAAGGCUCAAUCCAGUAUCAAGCCAGGUAUGUCCAUGCUUGAAAUUGCUGACAUUAUUGAAAACUCUGUUCGUCAAUAUGCCAACGCUGACCACACGUUAAAGGCCGGGAUCGGGUUCCCAACCGGGUUAUCUUUGAACCAUGUUGCUGCGCAUUACACACCUAAUGCCGGUGACAAGGUUGUUCUUGCUUACGAAGAUGUGAUGAAGGUUGACAUUGGUGUCCAUGUGAACGGUCAUAUCGUCGAUAGUGCCUUCACCCUCACUUUUGACGACAAGUAUGAUGCCUUACUUCAAGCGGUUAAGAGUGCCACCAAUGCUGGUGUUGCCGCUUCCGGGAUUGAUGUUAGACUUAAUGAUAUUGGUGAAGCUGUACAAGAAGUGAUGGAAUCUUACGAGUUGGAAAUUAACGGGAAAUCAUACCCAAUCAAAUGUAUUCGUAACCUUAAUGGUCAUAAUAUUGGAGACUUUGAAAUCCAUUCCGGUAAGACUGUUCCUAUUGUACCUAAUGGUGACAUGACUAAGAUGGAGGAAGGUGAAACUUUUGCCAUUGAAACUUUUGGAUCCACUGGUGCUGGUUAUGUUGUUGGUGCUGGUGAAUGUUCUCAUUACUCGGUCAUCAAGGGUGAACAUGAUCUCAAGCUGGUCCCAGACAAAGCCCAAGCAUUACUUAGCACUAUCAAGGACAAUUUCGGUACUUUACCAUGGUGUAGAAGAUAUUUGGACAGAACUGGUGCUGAUAAGUAUUUACUCGCAUUGAACCAACUUGUCCGUGCUGGAAUUGUUGAAGACUACCCACCACUUGUGGAUACCAAGGGUUGUUACACUGCUCAAUACGAACACACCAUUUUACUUCAUCCACACAAGAAGGAAGUUGUUUCUCGUGGUGAUGAUUAUUGAUCGAUAUAUAAUUUACAGGAAAAGAAUAAAAGUACAUAGGCAAA